CGCGCGGUUAGUUAGCUAUUUAUGAUCCUCGCGCAGCUCUCACAGCUCAGAACAGAAAAGUUGUACCACAAUAAUGAGCUAAACUGGAGAUAAAGGACGCUAAAAAACACACGUUGGAUUCGCUUACACACAGUUUACAGCUAGCGGAGGAUCUCUGACUCCAUGUGAGAAGAAUAUUGAAGUUUGCACCGAUCCACUGAAUACUUUACCUUCAUCCCAAUUAAAAUGCGAACAGAGGAGGCAUCAAGCACGGUGCUGCACAGACUGAUCCAGGAGCAGCUGCGUUAUGGAAACCCCACUGAUGCUCGCACCCUCCUGGCCAUCCAGCAGCAGGCCUUACGGAGCACGGUGAGCAGAGGAGCCGGAAGCCCACGCUCCUCUUCAGACAGCCUCACUCAGGAGGAACGUCAGGAACCACAGGGCCAAGAGCACCACCUGGACUUCCAGCACACGGAAAUCUAUCCACCUUACCACCACGAGCAGCUGCCCACGUACGAGCAAGCCAAAGCAAAUUCGCAGCUUGUGGCUUCUCAGUGGUGCCAGGACAGAAGGAUUUACCCGGAGGAUGACCUGAAACCGAGCCACGGCAGGUCUCUCAGCGAGCGUCUCAUGCAGCUCUCACUUCUACACAAAGACGUUAACGUGGAGUCUCUCUCCAUGAGCUCUUCGUGUAGCUACCCACAAAUAGCCGGGUAUCAGUUUAGACAGCAUCAUUUGGGAUUUCGUUCUCAUACACACACGUCUGAUCAAACUCACGAGUCUGACGCUUUCUACCAGAAACCUCCACCACCGUUCCACUCCCAACACACCAGAAUCGUCCCGCCUGAAGCGCCGCAUGUUUUCUGCAGUGCGCCCCCUGCUGGCAGGGAGGUCUCUCCACAAAUGGACCUGCUGAUGAAGGAGAAUGAAAGACUGAAGCAGGAGCUGGAAGGCCAUGCAGAAAAGGCACUCAGGAUUCAGAAGCUGGAGCAGGAAAUCCAGAGGAUCUCUGAGGCCUAUGACACUUUAAUCCAAGGUUGUGUGAAGAGAGAAACACUCGAGCAGACGCUUAGGAGCAAACUGAUGGUCGAAAACAAGAGGCUUCAGGACAUUAACACGGACCUGAGAGAAAGUCUAGAGAGCAGCAGCAUUCAGGCGGAGAAAGACGUGAAAACCGCUGACUACAACGAGCAAGUUAUCGCUAAACUCCGCAUGCAAAGUGAGGAGCAGAAGUUGCAGUGUGCACGAAUGGAGCGUGAGGUCCAGCUCCUGCGCGAGGAAAGGAGCGCUGCACAGGAGCGCAGCCGGCAGCUGCAAGCCGAGCUGAACAGGAAAAGCGCGUAUGUGGAGCGGGUGGAGCGUCUGCAGGGGGCGCUAGCUCAGCUACAAGCUACCUGUGAGAAGAGAGAGGGUCUGGAACAUCGUCUGCGCACUCGUCUGGAAUCAGAGCUGCGUACACUCAGGAACAGACAGAGACAGACACAAACAUGUCCGGGAAUCUCAGCACCUUCAGCGAAUGUGAGCACCCUGUUAGAGCGCCUGAGGGAACGAGAGGAGCGGAUUUUGGCCCUGGAGGCCGACAUGACGCGCUGGGAGCAGAAAUACCUGGAGGAGAAAACCAUGAUGGAGUUUGCCAUGGACACAGCGGCCACUGCUGCAGCUCAGAGAGACACCAACAUCAUCAACAACCGCUCUCCCUGUCUGUCAUCUACAACCAGCUGCAGUGAGGAGCUGCCUAGGGCUGAGAUUCAGAGCCAGGAAAUGGAGAACAGAAUCCAGGCUCUGUACGGGCAGAUCAGGGAGAAGGACGCCAUGAUUAACGUUCUACAGUAUCGACUCCAGCAGGAACAGGAGAAAGGUGAAGCGGAUGAGGACGCGUCUUCGAACUGCGCUUCACACUCUGACUCGAGCUCCUCCAACGAUAAAGGAAAGUGCAACACAGAGAAGACAGGAAUCAUGGCACGGUUUUCCCCCUUUGCUGACGCGGUGUGUAAGACCAGGGGCCGGGCUCAGACCACCACACACACACCACCAGCAUCAGAACAACUUUCCAGUAGUCAGGAAAUCAGUAAGCAGAAGGCAGCGAAUCCGUUCGAAGGUCUGGACAGUGUGGAAGCCGAGGCAGUGGAAAUCUUCAUCUGAGCGCUGACAGACUGCUGGAACUCCGCAGAGUCGUGGAAAUGAAACACAGAGAGACACUCGAGGUGUCCAGAGGCUUUCCUCUCGCUCGUGGACUUUUCUCUGAGCUCAAGCAGAUAUUUGAAGGAAAAAUAAUAGGGAAGGUUUAUGAAUGUGAACCGUUUGAGCAGAAAUAGUGUUGUGUUGUGAUUCAGAGAAGAACGACGUACACAGAGAGACCGGAAUUGUGAAAUCAGUUCCGUAAAUCUGUGCAUAAAUACGUGCGAGUCGUUAUUCACGCGUUAUGUUUCAUACCUUACAUCUUACCAGCCACAACUCACAGCUUCAGGCUUUAGCUGCACAAACCCAGGCAACUUCUUAGCCCCGUUCAGCUCAUUAAGGCGCCUUAAAUGUCAAAAUGUUGAAAAUAUCUAACCGAUAGUCAUAAAAUGUUUAGCAGAGUAAGUUACAUCCACGCUGCCAUGUUUAUAAAUCCGUUUAUGAAUUUGCAAUGUAUGUUGAUCGUAUUUUUGUUACUCAGCCAGUGUUCGUGGGUCUGUUUGACCCGCUGUAUUUUUGGGUUUUUAAUUCAACACAAUCAAAAAUUGAAUGUUAAAAUACUCUACAGAUGUUUACUUCAUCCCAAUUACAAGCAAUAUAAACAGCAUAUAUGGUUAAUAUUUGCCCUUCACCUUUAUUACUUCACAUUUUUUAAUUAAAGUGUGACUCGUUUUUUGUUGUUUAUUAUUAAAAUGUAAUAAAAAAAAAAAGAAAAUCAAAUUUAAUCAAGUUAUGAGUGGGAAAAAAAAUCAACAAAUUUACAAGAAAGCAAAGUUUUUCAAAAAUAUUGAUGUUUAUGAGUAUGAGUCCCACAGACCUGAACAACAAACAAGGGUUAAGAAUGUUAUCUGGGUCUGUAUUUUAUUUUUCAGUCUUUGGACCGUUUUUCAUCUCACUCUCAUGGCUGAUCUCACCACAUUGUUAUUCUUUUACUUUUUUUUUGGAGGCUGAAACUCUUGCGGUUUUUACAGCUCCACCUUUACCGUGCAUUCUUUUCAUUUUCUUUCUGUCAGGCUUGCUGAAGCUGGAGGAAAAACACAGCAGUGUACUUGUGUGGAAUGAUUUUACUGAAGAUUUACAGGAAAAAAAAUGUGGAAUUGUAAAUUAUUAUUUACAAUAAUAAUUUUUAUGAUGUAAUUAUUAUUAUUUUCCCCUUUUUUUUCCGUUGUACGUCGCACCUGCUGGUCAGUGUGUCGUACUCACAAUCACGACAAGCUGCGCUUUCUUCAUAUAUUUUGUUUACUGUGUUGUAACAUAUGAUGUAAGAUUAAUAUAUUUGCUAUUUUAUAUUAGCGGAUUUAAUACUAAAACGGUUCAUUGUAAAAGAUGUGAACGUUCUGGAACAUUUCACACGUGUAAAAAGAACCAACAAAUAAAGGUGUUAAUAUAUUUAACUCUC